GUCCAAUUCGCCCUCACAGUCACCUCUCCCCCCUCGUUAUCUCUGACCCAUUUCCUCUCUUUCCCUCUUUCUCAGACAACCGCUCUCUCAUUCUUUUCCUCACUUCUUUGCUCUCUCUUAUUCUACUUGCUCAUUUCCAUUGCAUUAUACCGUCCUUUCAUCGAGUGAGCAAGAGAAACACACAGACACAUAUUACUUUUGAUAAUCUUGCCAUCUUUCUUACAGCCGACAAGCAGAUUGAAUUUGCUUGACCCACCCUUUGCUUGACAUUGAACGCCACUAUUUUACCUCUUUGUUCGCGUAAAGCGCUGGCUGAUACUUUGGUCGUCAACAAAAGCUGACACAGAACGACACUGGUAAAUAACACAUACUAAACUAUGCCCAUCCCAGUGUCGCCUCACUUCAUACCAGGAGCAGAAGAUAUGUCAGUCCUCUCCGCUACUGUUCGGGCAAGGUCUUCAGCACAAUCGACCACAAGGAAGACAGAAUCAAUAACGCUCUUUUUACCCAUCGCUAUCACUGCUCUCUUUCUGCUUAUUCUGGCCAUAACGGGUCUAUUGGCAAGAUGUCUCCAUAGACGUUUUAAAGAUAUGCGCAUCUCCUCUUCAACGUCUUCUAAUUCCUGGAAAUCAUAUUAUUCAUCCCGAUCAGACAUCAACAGCAGCCAUUAUCAAGAUGACAGCAUGAAUUUUAAUGGCGAUGAUAGGGAGCAGGAAGCGCUUUUAGCUAGACGUAGGAGUACUUCUUACUAUGAUGCCAAUCGGUCACGAGCCCCUGUUGCAGUGGUUGGACAUGAUCCCAAGGGUAGACCAAUCUCUACCUGGUCCACGGCCAGCUCUGUGGUAGCAGCACGAGGAGAAGAGCUCUCAAAGUGGAGUCAGCGAAGGGAUGAUUUAAUCAAAAUCUACGGCAGGAGUAAUCUCAAUUCAAGUUCAUGUGUGAACAUGCAGGGUCUCGAGGAAGAAGAGCGUCAAGGAUUGACGGAACAAGGGAUAGCGGGACUGUCAUUGUUAGCACAAGAGCCAAGGGAGUCUGAACGGGAUCAUGGAAAUGGCCAGGACCAUAGUCAAGGAAAUAACAGUGUUCACUUCCGCCAUGAACAUGGCCAUAGCAACAACUUGGAAGUUCCUAAAAUAGUGAUGCAUGGACCACCAAACUAGCACUGAAAUACUGAAACAUUGGAAAGAAAAUGGAAAGGAUGACAUGUCCAGAGUAAACAUCAAAGCUUUAUCUCUCUAUUUAAUUUCUUACCAAGAUCGUUGUCAUCGUUAUCACAGCUAUAGCUUAGAUUCCCAUGGCUUGAUUCCUUUGUGAAUGAGAUGACUUCUGGCUAUCUUGCCUGUCUUAAAUUGACGGGAAGAAAAAUGUACAGGGGAAUGAACAUGAACGCCACCAAUAUAGACAGAUAUUCCUUUCCUUGAAU